UGUCACUCUGGUUGUAGAAACUCCCUUAUAAGUUCACUUACUUAUUGGCCGAAUCAUGUUUAUUUCUCAAUCACAGACUCUUGAGAAACAUUUCCUCAAACUCUGACAGUUUGAAAGGCAGAAAACAGUUUGAUUUAACAGCUGGUAGAAAUACAGAAGCUCCAGUCAGGCGGCUGCAGCUCAGUUCGAGCUGAUUCCAGUUCAGUUCUGUGACUCUCGGUUUUUCCAUUCCUCUGUGAACUGACCUGAGGACUGUGAGGCGUUUAGGGUCCAGACCUGAGAGACAGGAGCUCUUGCAGGAACUGGACCAACAGUUUUGAAGCCACCUGAAGCUCCCGACAUCCUGGCAUCUCUGUGAGCUCGAAGAUGUCUGACUGGAUGUGAACUGACAGGACCGGACCAUCAGGUGGAGGAGGCUGUACAAACAGCUGUCGGGCCCUUCUGAAAUAUGGCCCCGAGGCACCAGAACCGCCCUCCAUGGACUGAAGCAGAGAAAGUGUUGAGGCUUUCUCUGUGAGCUAUAAACCCACCAGACCUGCUGGACUUCACCUGCUCAGCUUAGAUCUGUAUCCCCCCCGUCCCCCCAGGCCACAUGGCGACUCUCACGGCAUGUUUGGCAUCUCAACCUGACUGAGCACCGCCUCUCCCCCAGCCUCAUUUUGAGGCAUAAAAGGAGCAGAUGAGCCAGCAGCUCUUCACUCUCUGCUCAGAGCCGACGACCAGCUGACCCUCAGCCAUGACCUCCUUCUCCAGCCGCAGUAGCUACAUGUCCUCCUCCUUGAGGAGCUCCACCACGAUGGCCCCCUCCUGGUCCUCCUCCUCCCGCCGGGUAGGCAGCAUGGGAGUCGGCAGCGUGUACGGAGGAGCCGGAGGUUCUGGAGUCCGUGUCUCCAAGGCCUCCGCCUCCUCCUCCUUAGGUGCUGGAACUGGCUUCAAUCUGAGUGACGCCAUCGAUGUCUCCGUCAGCGAGAAGGCCACCAUGCAGAACCUGAACGACCGCCUGGCCAGCUACCUGCAGAAGGUGCGCAGUCUGGAGAAGGCCAACGGGGACCUGGAGCUGAAGAUCAGACAGUUCCUGGAGAGCAGAGCUGCACCCGAGGCUCACGACUUCUAUGGCUUCAACAUCCGCAUCAAAGACAUGCAGGACCAGAUCAGCAUCGCUGCUCGUGGAAACGCCGCCCUGGUCCUUGCCAUCGACAACGCCAAACUGGCCACCGACGACUUCAAAGUCAAGUACGAGAACGAGUUGGCCAUGCGUCAGUCGGUGGAGGCCGACAUCGCCGGGCUGAGGAGGGUCCUGGACGAGCUGACGCUGAGCCGGAACGACCUGGAGAUGCAGGUGGAGGGACUGAAGGACGAGCUGUUCCAGCUCAAGAGGAACCACGAGGAGGACCUGCUGGCUGUGAGGGCCCAGAUGGGAGGUCAGGUCAACGUGGAGGUGGACGCUGCUCCUCAGGAGGACCUGUCCACCGUCAUGGCCGGAAUCAGAGAGCACUACGAGGCCGUCGCCAACAAGAACCGCAGAGAACUGGAGUCCUGGUUCCAGGCCAAGACGGCCGAGCUGAACAAAGAGGUGGCUGUGAGCACCGAGACUCUGCAGACGUCCAAGUCCGAGAUCGGAGAGAUCAGACGAACCAUUCAGACCCUGGAGAUCAAACUGCAGGCUCAGAUCAGCAAGAGAGGAGCUCUGGAGGCGACUCUGGCUGAGACCAAGAGCCGCUACGCCAACAUGCUGACAGGUUACCAGGGGCAGGUGGUGGCUCUGGAGGAGCAGCUGUCCCAGCUCAGGGCAGACCUGGAGAAGCAGAAGGUCCAGUACUCAGACCUGCUGGACAUCAAGACCAGACUGGAGCUGGAGAUCGCAGAGUACCGGAGGCUGCUGGACGGAGACACCGAGAGCAUCACCACCACCACCACCAAGACCACCAGGGUGGUGACCAUCGUGCAGGAGGUGGACUCUUCUGGGAACGUGGUGACCACCAGCAAGAGUUAAACCACAAGAAAACCAGAAACUGUAAAGUGUGUCAGUGGAUCUUCAAUAAAAAUGAAGUCUGGAGUA